UCCCGGAGUUCUGGACCGGACCACUUCAGCCUCCCUCACAGCAGAACAUCAGAGUUGGGUUUCCGAACCGAACCGGUUCCGACAGCUUCUCCAGAGUCCAGAGCUUCAUGAAGAUCUGCUGAGGAAGAGGAGCUGAAGAUGAAGAGCAGGCUGUCUGUGGGAGCUGCAGCGCUCCUGGUGCUGCUGAUCACCUCCUCUCAGGCGCAGGAGCAAGUGGAGCCUCCGUCCGCUCUCAGGUUUAACAUUUUAAAUAAAAACACGGUUCAGGUGACGUGGAGCCCACCACCGUCCAGGAUACAAGGCUACAGACUACAAGUGACCUCAGACUCAGAACCAACACGAGAACUGUCUCUGCCUGCAUCUGUGACAAAGACGUCCAUCUCAGACCUGAGUCCACAUGUGGAUUAUGACGUUACGAUUGUGGCAUUUGCAGAAUCAGAGGAGAGCCUGCCUGUCUCUGGACAGAUCACACUUGAGUCCAGUGGAAGCUCAAGAGGAGACACGAUGAAACCAGCUCCUUCAGACUCAGUCAGAUGCACUGCUGCUGCCGCAGCGGACGUGGUUUUCCUGGUUGACGGCUCCUGGAGCGUCGGCCAGCAGAACUUCAGACAUAUCCGCAACUUCAUCUCUGCGGCGGCCGGAGCCUUUCAGAUCGGACAGGACAGAACCUGGGUGUCCGUGGUCCAGUUCAGCGAUGACACCCGGACCGAGAUCCGUCUGAACCAACACCCAACCCGGGCCGGUCUCCUGAGGGCCAUCGGGUCACUGCCAUACAAAGGAGGGAGCAGAAGGACGGGUCAAGCCCUCAACCACCUCCUGACAAAAACCUUCACCGAGGCCGGCGGUGCCAGGAAAGGCUUCCCCAAAGUUCUGGUGAUCAUCACAGAUGGGCCUUCUGAGGAUCCAGUGGAACAUUCUGCUGAGCAGCUGAGGAGCCAAGGGGUGGAGGUGUUUGUGCUGGGGAUCCAUCAGGCGGAGCCCGCAGAGCUGAGACUGCUGGCCUCGACGCCGCACCACAGCCACGUGUACGGAGUGUCCAGCUUCGACCUGAUCCGGAGCGUGCAGAGGCAGCUCAUCAGCCAGGUGUGCUCAGGUGUGGAGGAGCAGCUCAGCUCGCUCGUCAGCGGAGAGGAAGUCAUUGAACCAGCGUCUGAUCUCAGAGUCCUGGAGGUGGCCUCUAAGUCCAUGAGGGUGAACUGGGUCGCCUCCAUCAGUGAGAUUUCAGGGUACCGGGUGCAGCUGAUCCCCAUGAUGACAGGCAGCAGGAGGCAGGAUCUGUACGUGGGAUCCUCACAGACCUCAGUGGUGGUCAGAGACCUUUCUCCCGACACCGAGUACCAAGUCAACGUGUUCGCUUUGAAAGAGCUAACGGCCAGCGAGCCCGUCACGCUCCUGCAGAAGACGGAGCCGGUUAAAGUCUCAGUGGAUUGCUCCCUUGGUGUGGACGUCCAGGCUGAUGUUGUGCUCCUGGUCGAUGGCUCCUAUAGCAUUGGUGUGACUAACUUCGCCAAAGUAAAAGCCUUCCUUGAAGUUUUAGUGAACACCUUUGACAUUGGACCAAACAAGAUCCAGAUGGCCUUGGUUCAGUACAGCAGGGACCCUUACACCGAGUUUUACCUGAACACUCACGAAGAUGUGAGCUCUGUGGUCAAGGCUGUGAGGACCUUCCCGUACCGUGGCGGGUCCACCAACACCGGCAGGGCCAUGACUUUCGUCAGGGAGAAGAUCUUUCAGGUCAACAGGGGGGCGCGUUCUAACGUUCCCCGUGUGACCAUCCUCAUCACUGACGGGAAGUCAUCCGAUGCUUUCAAAGAACCAGCCACCCGCUUAAGGAGCGCUGAUGUGGAGAUCUUUGCUGUGGGUGUCAAAGAUGCUGUUCGGAGUGAGCUCGAGGCUAUUGCCAACACCCCUGCAGAGACCCACGUGUACACCGUCGAAGACUUUGAUGCCUUCCAAAGGAUAUCCAAAGAACUCACACAGUCCAUCUGCCUGAGGAUUGAGCAGGAGCUCCGAAGCAUCUUCCAGAGACAACUGAUUCAGCCCAAGUCCCUAUCCUUCUCUGAGGUUGGGCCCAGAAGCUUCCGGGCCUCGUGGCAGAUAGACUCCAACAAUGUUGAGUCCUACGUGGUCAAGUUCAAGCCCGAAGACGACACCGACGGACAUUAUGUGUCCAUGUCCGUUCCUGGGGACACACUGACUGCCCUCCUCCCCCACCUCACCCCUCUGACCCGCUACGAAGUCCAGGUUUCUGCUCAGUACACCAAGGGGGACAGCUUACCUGUGAAGGGCCAGCAGACCACAUCAGAAGAGCUGGGUCCUCCUAAGAACCUGGUCACCAGUGAUGUGACCCCCAGCAGUUUUGUGGUGUCCUGGACAGCAGCCCCUGGAAACGUCAAAACAUAUCAAGUCAGGUGGAAGUCUCUGUUUUCUGAAGAGCAUGGAGAGAAAACGGUGCCAGGAAGUUUAACUUCCACGGUCCUGGAAGGUCUGAGUCCAGAGACGCUGUACCAGGUGUCUGUGGUCUCCUCCUAUGGCUAUAGAAACAGCGACCCGCUCACGGGACAGGAAACCACCGGCGCUUCUGCUGCAGACAAACAGCUGACGGUGUCCCACGAGACAGAGCGCACCAUGAAGGUCACCUGGACCCCCGCUCCAGGAAAGGUGCUCAACUACCGCCUGAGGUACGUCCCCACUGCUGGAGGCAAAGAAGUGAUCCUGAAGGUCCCUGGGGCGGUGUCCUCCACCGUCCUCAAGCGCCUGCAGCCCAUCACCACCUACGGCAUCACGGUCCAACCCUUCUACAAACAUGGGGAAGGACAAGCAAGGCAAGGAGUAGGAACCACACUGUCGCCUUUUAAAGCUCCCAGGAACCUACAGACCUCUGAGCCUUCCAAGAACAGCUUCAGGGUCUCCUGGGACCCUGCACCUGGAGAUGUUAGGGGUUACCGUGUGACCUUUCACCCCUCAGAGGCUGACGUUGACCUGGGAGAGCUCCUUGUGGGUCCGUAUGAUAACACCGUGGUUCUGGAGGAGCUCAGCCCAUCCCCAGGGAUGGCUCUGAGUCACAUUCUCAAGAACAACUUCAAUCGCAACGUCGGGAUGCGUGAUGACUCCCGUAGGAUUGGUGUCCUGAUCACCGACGGAAAGUCUCAGGAUGAAAUCGAGAUCAACUCUCAGAACCUGAGAGACAGCGGCAUCGAGCUCUACGCCAUUGGUGUGAAGAACGCAGACGAGAACGAGCUGAGAUCCAUCGCCUCUGAUCCAGAAGAGAUUCACAUGUACAACGUGGCAGAAUUCCAGUUCUUGGUGACCAUCGUGGAUGACCUCACUGUCAACCUGUGCAACAGUGUCAAAGGUCCAGAUUCUGGUCUCGGUGCGCCCACCAACCUGGUGACAUCAGAGGUGACCCACCACUCCUUCAGGGCCACCUGGACAGCUCCUGACGGUCCCGUAGAAAACUACCGAGUCACCUACAUGAUGGCAGCUGGAGGACCCACGGAGGAGGUUCUGGUGGAUGGGACAGAGACCACCGUAGUUCUGCAGAACCUGACCCCCCUGACCGAGUACAUCAUCAAUGUUUACGCUGUGGCUGGAGACGUCAGCAGCGAGCCUCUGACGGGCAAAGAGACCACCUUGCCGCUGUCGGCUGUGAAGAACAUGAAGGUUUACGACGAGACGAUGAACAGCAUGAAGGUGAGCUGGGACGCCGCACUCGGCGCCACCAGUUACCUGCUGCUCUACAGAUCCAUCAACGCCACAGAGCCUCAGCAGGAGGGACAGAGUCGUGUCGGAGGAGGCGAGACGAACACCGAGAUCCUGCGGCUGGUCCCUAACACAGAGUACUUCGUUAGCAUCCAGGCCUUGUACGGAGAGGCAGCCAGCGAGGCCCUGACGGACCGAGGUGUCACCUUGCCCCUGCUGCCCGGCGGCUCCCUGAGGAUCAGAGACGUUACCCACAGCGCCAUGACGCUCGACUGGGACGCCGCUCCAGGCGCCGUCCGCAAAUACAUCGUCACCUACAGGCCGGAGGACGGAGACGCCAAGGAGGCUGAAGUGAACGGAGACAUCACCAGCCUGUCCCUGACAGGCCUUAUCUCUCAGACUGAGUAUGACGUGGCUGUUGCUCCGGUUUAUGAAGAGGGAACUGGAUUCCCAAUGCUCGGAACCGCCAUCACAGAUGUUGUUCCUGCUCCCAAGAACCUGCAGUUCUCCGAGGUGACCCAGUCCUCGUUCAGAGCCACGUGGGAACACGGAGCCCCCGAUGUGGCCCUGUACCGACUCUCCUGGGUCAAGAAGGCAGGAACCGAUGCUCAGAACGAGAUCCUGAGCAGUGACGAGACCUCCUACAUCCUGGAGGAGUUGGACCCCGACACCGAGUACCUGGUGACCGUCACGGCCAUCUACCCCGACGAGUCUGAGAGCGAGGACCUGAUGGGGAGCGAGCGCACACUCCCUCCAGAACCUCCUCGGAACCUGAGGGUUUUCAACGCCACCACCUCCACGCUGACUGUGAAGUGGGACGCCGCCCCCGGCCCAGUCAAGACCUACAGGAUCACCUACAGAGCCCGGAAAGAUGGCGACGCACAAUCUGUCCAGGUUGGAGGCAAGAAGACGAACAUCGUCCUGCAGCAGCUGCAGCCCGACACGCCCUACACCAUCACCGUGGCCGCCGUCUAUCCCUCAGGCGUCAGCAGAAACAUCUCCGGAGAAGGAAAAACCAAACCUCUUGGUGGCGUGAGGAACCUGCAGGUCCUGAAUCCGACCAUGACCACCCUGAACGUCCGCUGGGAGUCGGCUGAAGGCCGGGUCAAGGAGUACAGAGUGGUCUAUGCUCCUGCAGCCGGAGGAGCUGAGAGCAUGGAAACCGUGUCAGCAGGAACCACAGCCACGAUCCUGCGGGGCCUGCAGCCCGACACCCUCUACCAGGUCUCACUGGUUCCAGUGUACGCUGACGGAGAUGGAAGGACCAUGUCUGAAAACGGAAAAACAAGGCCUCUGGGAGGAGUGAAGAACCUGAGGGUAACAGACCCCACCAUGACAUCUCUGAAUGUAGACUGGGCCCCGGCUGAUGGAGCUGUUCGCCUCUACAAGGUCUUCUAUGUUCCCUCGGCUGGUGGGCCAGAAGAGAUGGAACAAGUUCCUGCAGGAACCACCUCCAUCGUCCUCAGGAACCUGCAGCCCGACACAAAGUACAUGGUGUCGGUGCUGCCCGUGUACCCGACCCGAGACGGAAGACGGCAGUCUGAGGAAGGAAAGACCUUGCCUCUGAGUGGCGUCAGCAGCCUGAAGGUGACCAACCCGACCAUCACCACCCUCACUGUGAACUGGAACCCAGCUGGAGGCAACGUUCAGGGCUAUAAGGUCAUCUACGCGCCCUCAGAUGGAGGCCUGGAGAUCGUGGAACCGGUGUCGGAGAGCACCACCUCGAUGGUUCUGCAGAAGCUCCGUCCAGACACCAGCUACACCAUCACUGUGGUCCCCAUGUAUGCCGAGGGAGAUGGGCCGAGCCUAACCGACAAAGGAAAGACUCGACCGCUGGGUUUCGUGAGGAACUUGCAGGUCACUGAUCCCACCACCAGCACCUUAAACGUCCACUGGGAGCCGCCAGAGGGAAACGUCCGUGAGUACAUCGUGAUCUGGGUGCCGGCUACUGGAGGAGAGCAGGACGUGGACCAGGUGCCUGGAACCACCACCAGCACUGUGCUGAAGAACCUGAGCUCAGACACAGAGUACACGGUCACCGUGGUUCCGGUCUACCCUGAGAUGGAGGGCAAGCCUCAGUCUGAGAACGGGAGGACGAAUCCAGUGGGUGGAGUGAAGAACCUGAAGGUGGUGGAUCCGACCGUCAGCACGCUGACGGCUCGCUGGGACCCGGCGGUGGGAAACGUCCGAAGCUACAAGGUCCUGUACGCAGCGCAGCCAGGAGGAGAGCAGCAGACGGAGGAGGUGUCAGGCGGGACCACCAGCACCAUCCUGAGGAACCUGGAGUCCGACACGCUCUACAGCGUGGCCGUUAUUCCCGUUUACCCUGACGUGGAGGGAAUCAGGCAGGAGGAGAAGGGACGGACGAAACCUCUGAGUGGAGUGAAGAACCUCCAGGUGACAGACCCCACCGUCAGCUCCCUGAAGGUCCGCUGGGACCCGGCUGAUGGCGACGUCCGGCAGUAUAAGGUCCUCUACGUUCCGACGGCCGGAGGAGCUGAGAGCAUGAGUUUGGUGUCUGGACUGACGAGCUCCACGGUUCUGAGGGACCUGCGUCCGGACACUGAGUACAGAGUGACUCUUGUCCCCGUCUACGCCGACAUCGAGGGAAAACGAGCGUCUGAGAACGGGAAGACGAAAGCUCUGGGCGGGGUGAAGAACCUGCAGGUCACCGAGCCCACCACCAGCUCCCUGAACGUGCGCUGGGACCCGGCGGAGGGUGGCGUCCGACAAUACCGCAUCUUCUACGUCCCAGAAUCUGGAGGAGCCGAGGAUGUGGAGCAGGUAUCCGGCGGAACCACCAGCACUGUCCUCAGAAACCUGCUGUCAGACACGCCCUACACCGUGACCGUGGUCCCGGUCUACCUGGAGGGUGAAGGUCUGCGUCAGUCCGACAGAGGAAAGACCCUCCCCCGGACUCCACCCAGGAACCUCCAGGUCUACAACCCCACCACCAACAGUCUGAACGUGCGCUGGGAGCCUGCCUCGGGCCAGGUCCAGCAGUACCAGGUGGCAUACACCCCCCUGAGUGGAGCCAGGCCCGCCGAGUCGGUUCUGGUUCCAGGAACCAUCAGCAGUGCCUUCCUGGACAGCCUGAUCCCAGACACGCCGUACUCCGUUGUCGUCUCUGCUCUGUACGCCGACACCGAGGGGGCACCAGUAAAGGGCAACGGCAAAACCCUGCCUCGUGCCGGCCCCAGGAACCUGCGGGUGUUUGAUGCCACCACCAGCUCCCUGACCAUCGGCUGGGACCACGCCGAGGGCCCCGUCAGGCAGUACAAGAUCUCCUAUGCUCCCAUGACAGGAGACCCCAUCACUGAGUUUACAGUGGUUCCAGGUAACAGAAACAACGCCAUGUUGCAGAACCUGUUCCCAGACACUCCGUACAACAUCACCGUGGAGGCCGUUUAUGCCGAGGGGCCCGGAGGGUCUCUGAACGGGAACGGCCGCACAGUCGGCAUGUUGAGCCCCAGAAACCUGCGGGUGUCAGACGAGUGGUACACCAGGUUCAGGGUGUCCUGGGAACCGGUCUCUUCUCCGGUUCAGGGCUACAGACUCAUCUACUCCCCUAAAGGCAAGGAUCAGCCAAUCAGCCUUUUUGUUGGUGACGUUAGCUCAUUCACGCCCACCAACCUGCAGCCUGGAACCACCUACGACGUCAAAGUCCUGGCUCAGUACACCACAGGCAUCAGUGCGCCGCUCAUUGGGGAGGGGACCACACUUUACCUGAACGUGACCGACAUCGAGACCUACGACAUCGGCCACGACAAGUUCUGCAUCAAGUGGAGUCCUCACCGAGCGGCCACGUCGUACCGCAUCAAACUGCACCCGCAGGACCCCUCCAGUAAAGGUCAACAUGAGGUGACCAUUGCUGCCGGUUUGCCUGAGUACUGCUUCGAUGGACUCUCCCCAGACGCUCUCUACACUGCCACCGUCUUUGUUCAGACUUCAAACCUGGAAGGUCCUGGAGUCAGCACCGAUGAGAGAACCUUGGUGAAGCCAACUUUGGCCCCGACCAUGCCCCCUACCCCGACACCUCCACCCACCAUCCCCCCUGGAUGGGCAGUGUGUAAAGGUGCCAAAGCUGACCUGGUGUUCGUCAUUGAUGGGUCAUGGAGCAUUGGAGAGGAGAGCUUCACCAAAGUCAUGAACUUUGUCUCCAGCAUGAUCGGAGCGUUUGACGUCGUCGGACCAUCAGGAAUGCAGGUAUCAUUCGUGCAGUAUAGCGAUGGAUCCAAGACAGAGUUCAAGCUCAACUCGUAUCAGGACAAAGGUGUCGCCAUGGCAGCAGUCCAACAGAUUCGCUACAGAGGAGGAAACACCAAGACGGGAGAGGCUCUCAAACACACCUACGAGAAGGCCUUUUCUGUUGAAAACGGGAUGAGGAGGAAUGUCCCAAAGGUGGUCGUGGUGAUCACUGAUGGACGUUCUCAGGACGAGGUGAAGAAGAGCGCUGCCAAGCUGCAGCAUGCAGGUUACAGUGUUUUCGCCAUCGGUGUAGCUGAUGUGGAUUUCGUGGAGCUGCAGGCGAUCAGCAGUAAACCCAGCGACAGACAUGUCUUCGUGGUGGACGACUUUGAUGCCUUCGACACCAUCAAAGAAAACCUGAUAACCUUCAUCUGUGAAGCUUCAACUUCCUUGUGUCCUUUGAUCUACGUCAAUGGAUUUACAUCUCCUGGCUUCAGGAUGCUGGAGGCCUUCAACCUGACGGACCGGAGCUACAGCCACAUCCCGGGGGUGUCCAUGGAGCCCGGCUCCUUCAACAGCUUCACGGCCUACAGACUCCACAAGGACGCCUUCCUGCAGCAGCGCACCACCUGCACGUCCUGGUGUCCUCCAGCAGCGUGAAGCUCCACGUGGACUGUCAGGAGGUGGGAGAGAAGAAGGUCCGAGCUGCCGGGAACACGUCCAGAGAUGGAUACCAGGUUCUGGGCAAGAUGUCCAAAUCCAUUGGAUCCAAGGGAGCCUCAGCAACCUUCCAGCUCCAGAUGUUUGACAUGGUCUGCAGCCUGGCCUGGAACAGCAGGGACAGAUGUUGUGACCUGCCGUCCACGGGAGCUCCUGGCAGCAAAGGUCCCAGAGGAGAAAGAGGAGAGCCCGGUUCUGCUGGACCUGAUGGACCACGUGGAGACAACGGACCACCUGGGCCCAUGGGUCUUCCUGGACCUCAGGGACCCAGUGGGAUGUCCAUACCUGGAGAAGCGGGCCGUCCCGGACCCAAAGGAAACCCUGGUGAUGCCGGUCUGCCUGGACAGAAGGGUUCUCAGGGUCCUCCUGGUGUGGCCGGUCCGAUUGGAGCAGCAGGAGUGAGGGGGCCUGCAGGGAAGGAGGGACCAACUGGACCCAGAGGACCAGCUGGUCCGAUGGGACCUCCGGGAUCUCCUGGAAUACCAGGACCUGCUGGAAAACCUGGGAAUUCGGGAGACUUUGGUCCUCCUGGAGCUGCUGGACCCAAAGGAGACAAGGGAGAACGGGGAGACUUCGCUCCUCAAAACAUGAUGAGAUCCAUCGCCAGACAAGUUUGCUCGCAGCUCGUUAGUGACCAAAUGUCUCGGGUCAGCUCGUUGGUGAACCAGAUUCCCAAUGGUCAGUACCGUAGCAAUAACCCGGGCCCCCCUGGGCCUUCAGGACCUCCAGGCAGGCAGGGACCCAGUGGAGAACCAGGGCAGGCAGGAAGGAACGGUUUUCCUGGAAGCCCUGGUUUACCAGGCCAGCAGGGAGAGAGAGGUCCUGCAGGAGAAAAGGGUGAUCGAGGAGUUCCAGGAGUGGGACAGAAAGGAUCCAGAGGUCCUCCUGGUCCUCCAGGAGAGAGCAGGACAGGCCCCCCAGGACCCUCAGGUUCAGCCGGACCUCGCGGUCCACCAGGACGUCCAGGUUACACCGGAGUCCGUGGACCUCCAGGCCCUUCUGGGUACUGUGACUCCUCUCAGUGUGUUGGCAUUCCUUACAACGGUCAGGGAUACAUUGGAACCCGGCUCGCAUCGGCCCACCAGGAGGACCACCUGCUGCUGAACCAGCGCCGAAAGAGGUCUUUACCAGGACCAGGGUCAGACCGGAAACGUCCUAGAACAGCUGGGCCAUCUGUGUGAAAAACCUGUUUGUUUGUUUGUUUGUUUGGUCAGGUUUGACACCUGUGAUUUAUUAGAAACACGCCUUUAGGUGUUUGUUGACAUGGCAGGGAGGAGGCGGAGCUUCUGGGGGAUGAAGAAAGUUGGGACUAAAACCUGUGAGCCUGUAAGAUAUUGACUUUAAACUUACAGCCUUCUCUGUGUAUCUCAUAACUAAUAUUUAUCAGUUUGCCUUCAUUCUGUCGCAGCCCAUUUA